GUGUUUCAAACCCCGCUGCAAUAGACCUCCACGUCGUGAACAGCAAAAGCAGAGAACAGGACAACGAAAACACCACAACCAAAAUGCCGUCUGCAAUGGCUUCGGAUUCCAUUCCGAUAGAAACCGCCCAUGAGGAUAUGAUACAUGAUGCCCAAUUGGACUACUAUGGGAAACGUCUUGCAACCUGCUCGUCAGAUAGGACAGUUAAAGUCUUUGACGUAAUUGACGGUGAAGCGCAGAAGUCAAAUGGCGGACAUACUUUGAAAGGUCAUACAGGACCCGUGUGGCAGGUAGCCUGGGCACAUCCGAAAUUCGGGCACAUACUGGCUUCGUGUUCUUAUGACGGCAAAGUGUUGAUCUGGAAAGAACAGGGACAGGGUCCUGCUGCAGGAGGGUGGACAAGGAUAAAGGAACACACUCUACAUACCGCUUCAGUCAACUCUGUAUCUUGGGCACCACACGAAUUGGGUGCCAUCCUAGCUUGCGCAUCUUCAGACGGCAAACUCUCCGUUCUUUCCUUCAAAGAUGACGGCCAAUGGGGUGCCGAUAUCUUCAACGGUCACGCCAUCGGGUGUAACGCCGUAUCCUGGGCACCCGCUACCCAGCCCGGCUCCUUAAUACAACCCCAGCAAGGCAGUACCGCACCAGGACAGCCCACCGCCCCUUCGCAGAGCGUCAAACGCUUCGCCAGUGCAGGCUGCGAUAACCUCGUCAAGAUAUGGGGAUACCGAGAAGAUUCACAGUCAUGGAUCGAGGAAGAAACUCUCGAGGGCCACACUGACUGGGUCAGGGACGUCGCGUGGGCACCCAAUAUCGGACUCCCAAGGAGUUACAUCGCGACCGCGUCUCAAGACAAAACUGUUCUCAUCUGGACGAAAGACACGCCCACCUCCCCAUGGGCUAAAACCGCACUCGACCCGUCUUCCGCGUCAGUUUCUGCCACGUCACCCAGCCCAGCGGCUGCAGGCAAAUUCCCCGACGUCGUCUGGCGUGUGUCGUGGAGCCUUGCUGGCAAUAUUCUGGCUGUUAGCUGCGGCGAUGGGAAGGUCACGCUGUGGAAAGAGAAUUUGCGCGGUGCCUGGGAAUGCGUCAGUGACAUGACUAGCUAGAGAUUUAUCGAUAAUUGCAAUACGAGCUCGCAGUAAUUCAUCUUAGGGGCGUCAGCUUAGAACAUACCCAUAUUACCUCGGUACGUGAGAUGUGAUCCCUUGAGAGCGAGUGAGGCAUAAUCCAGUAUUAAGUUUACUAUUUAAUACAAUAUAUAUCUAAAGAGGCGUCUAUAUGUAUGCACGCUAUUAAGUGUGAUCUAUUUUUUAGCUUGAGGUAAUGUCUUGCGAUAAGCCUCCUCAAUUUCCUUUUGCACAUUGGG